AUGCCUCAGGGAUUUGCAAGCCAGGGGGAGAAUAAGGUGUGUAGACUAGUCAAAUCCUUAUAUGGAUUAAAGCAGGCCCCUAGGCAAUGUAAUACAAAGUUGUCAGAGGCAUUGGUGAGGUUUGGUUUUGUUCAGAGUUAUGAUCCCUCUUUGUAUGUUAAGAAGACAACUGAAGGAGUCACACUUGUAUUAGUAUAUGUAGAUGAUAUGUUGAUCACUGGUGAUAGUUUGAAACUGAUAGAGGAAACAAAAGUCACUUUGCAACAAGCUUUCAAGAUGAAAAAUUUAGGAGAAUUAAGGUUCUUUCUUGGUAUUGAAUUUGCAAGAUCCAACAAAGGAAUUCUAAUGUAUCAAAGAAAAUAUACAUUGGAACUGUUGUCUGAGUUGGGGUUAGAAGCAACUAAGUCUGCUGGCACUCCAAUAGACUAUAACUUGAAACUCACUUCAAAACAGUUUGGUGAUCAUGUAAAAACCAUGAAACCAGGUGAUAAUCCUCCUACUGAUCAAAGGGCAUAUCAGAGGUUAAUUGGGAAGCUUCUCUAUCUAACAAUGACUAGACCUGAUAUAACUUUUAGUGUGCAAACUUUAAGUCAGUUUCUACAAGAUCCUAAGAAGUCACAUAUGGAAGCUGCACUUAGAGUGGUGAGGUAUGUUAAAAAUCAACCAGUGUUGGGAAUUCUCCUAUCUAGUAGUUUAGAAGAAAAGAUUAGUGCCUACUGUGAUGCUGACUUGGCAGCUUGUCCACAAACUAGAAGAUCUGUAACUGGUUAUUUUGUGAAACUAGGAGAUUCACUAGUGUCGUGGAAGUAA